AAAGGCUGGCCCACACCGCACAAGAUGCACAACAAACCCCCGGUGCAAACAGCUGCACCAUCUUCACAGGCCACUUUGCCGUUUAUCCCCCAUGUCUGAAGACCCGUCCUACGAGAAUGCAGCCUCUUUUGAAGGCAUGUACUACCUCAGCGAGCAGGAGCUUGCGUUCUUCCAGUCGCAGGCGGGCAUCAAGGACGAGGAGGAACUCAAGCACCACAUCAUGGAUGUGCGAGCGGAAGCCUUGAAGGUCACGCCGUACACCUGCAUCAAGGCCUUUGCUUUCACGAAGCUCAUUGCCAAUCGAUCACCGGGAUACCAGCAAGCUAUCGCGGUUGGAAAGCAGCGCAAGGGGGCGAUCCUGCUUGACAUCGGAUGUUGCUUCGGUGUAGACGUCAGGAAGGCUGUUGCGGAUGGAUGGCCUGCCGAAAAUGCCAUUGGCUCAGACCUUCACACAGAAUACUGGGACCUCGGUCACAAGCUAUUCAAGACGACCACGAAGGAGUUUCCAGCGCACUUCCUCGGAGGCGACGCAUUGGACCCACAGUUCCUCCGGGUGGCCCCACCGCUCGAUAGCCCGCUGGAGGCUCCGGUGCCCGCCCUCUCCUCUCUGACGACCCUCACGCCCCUCCACGGACACAUCUCCGUCAUUCAUACGUCAUCCUUCUUUCAUCUCUUCAACGAGGAGCAGCAACUGGAGCUGGCGCGCAAGCUCGCCGGACUUCUCUCGCCUGUCCCGGGCUCCAUGAUCUUUGGGCUGCAUGCCGGGCGGGCGGAGAAAGGCCUGAGGACGGAGGCACCGGAGAUGCGGAACGGUCAAUUCAUGUUUUGCCACAACGACGAGAGCUGGAAGGAGCUCUGGGACGGCGUGGUCUUCAAGAAGGGCACAGUGGAAGUUAAGGCGUCCCUGCAGAACGCCAAGGAUGUAUUCGAGCUGGAGAAAUGGACUAGCGCAGCGGGCAUUUUCGACAGGGUCCGACAGCAGGGCGCAACUCCUGGCCCCCGGCUGAUCCUGGUGUGGUCUGUGACGAGGUUGUGAUCGGGUGAAUUUCCCGUUGCUGUUGCGCUCACU